AGCUGUUAAAACAACUGUUAAAUAUGACAACGAAGCAAUACCACCAAUGGAAUUAACGAAAAAUGAUAUAUAUAAGAUACUUCAAGAAAGAGGAUAUGAAUAUAGAGAUGAAUUUAUGACCAUUCAUAAGGCAAACAUUUCCAUAACACAUGUUAAGUUAAUAUGGAAUAAUAAUUGGGUGACGUUAUUAGAUGGUAUGCUACAAUUCGAUGCAUUGCGAUAUUCAACUGACACUGUGGUUCAAAUUAAUCAUAUAAAACGCAUCAAUAUUAAUAUUAAAACGCACUUAACAGAACUAUUAAGCAGAGAUAAACAAAGUGAAAUUUUAAACGCAAGAUUUGAUAAACUCCAAAAUAGUGUAUGCUGUGGAGGAAUAGUAAUAGAAAACAUUAUACGAAAGACUAAACCAGCGCUAAUGAGAUAUGAAAUUUCAAUGAAGAAAUUAAAACCUAUGCCUUUCAUGAAGCAAGAAAAUUAUAAAAUCUUGUGGGAUGAUGAAUAUUACGAGCCAGUGGUAAAUAAAACUAUUACUACUGGACAUAUAGCUUUAAAGAGCACCUGCUUUGGUGAUGUCGAUUCAUUGGAGUGGGUCGAAGUACCUGAUACACCUGAAGAAGGUAUAGUUGUAGACGUUCACUAUGUCGGUCUCAACAUUAACGACGUUAAAAGGGCAAUAGCAGAAAUAGAGGAUAAUAAAGAUGGUUACGGAAUAGACUUCAGUGGAUAUACUGAAAGAGGAACUCGUGUGAUGGGGCUCACAAAAUCGAGUUCAGCAACCAAUAAAAUUUGUGUCAACCCGAAUCUGUUAUGGCCCGUACCAGAACAUUGGAGUUUGGAGGAUGCUGCCACAGUUCCCUUGGCAUACGCUCAUGCUUUCUAUUGCGUUGUUAUUAAGAGUCAACUGAAAACCAAGAUGACUAUAUUCAUUCAUGGUGGUGCAGGUGGAUUGGGCCAAGCUAUUAUAUCCAUUGCUUUGGCACAUGACUGCGAAGUAUUUACCACUGUUGGCGAUAUUCGUAAGAAGCAUUUCUUAAUGAAAUUGUUCCCUAAUUUAAAAGAGGAUCAUAUUGGAAAUUCCCGAGAUAUAAGUUUCGGAGAUAUGAUUAUGAGUUUAACGAAGCAACGUGGUUGUGAUAUAGUCAUUAAUUGUACUCAAGGAGAAAUUAAAAAUACCACUUUAAAGUGCUGUGCUUCAUCUGGUAUCACAAUCGAUGUUGCCCAAUUGCCAAAUAAUGAAACAUACGAUUUUGGGAUGUACAAUUUGACUACAGAGAGAUCAUAUAUAAUUGUUGAUUUCUCUUCUAUAUUACAAUAUGAAAACUACAAUGACAUUACAAUGCUACAAACGUUUGUAUCUGAGGGUAUAGCACGAGGCUACGUACGUCCGCUGACACGCAUUACAUAUGAUCAGCACGAGCCGGUGCGGGCAUUCCGUCUACUCUCUUCUAGCCAACACCGCGGUCGUGUUCUGCUACGAUUAUUGGAUAAUGAGGAAGGGUUAGACACUCCACUGAUCACCAAUCAGCUGUCUACAUUAAAAGCACCCAAUUCAAAUCAGUUAAUCAUUUGUGAUAUACAAGACUUUGGUAUUAAAUUAGUACAUAACCUUAUAAAACACGGAGCCAAAAUACUUCAUCUGCAUUGUCGAGACCCAAGUAGUUAUCUUGAAUAUAAAAAGCAAUCAUGGAUCACACUUGGUGCACAAGUGGAUGUGUCUUUUCAAAAACUAAAUAGUAAAGAAGCCGUGGAAUCUAUGUUAAAAGAAUGUAACCUCGUUGGUGAAGUUGAAGCGAUACAUAUUAUUUCUACUGGAGUGGUAGAUAAAGUGUCUAGAUAUGAAAUGAAGGCAAUGCUUUCAAGCGUAGACUUGGUAUCUAGGAGACUAUGUUCUAAAUUAAGAUAUUUCACUGUGAUAAGUGACAGUGAGAUUGGGUAUGAUGUAGUUGUUAACAGGUAUCAAAGCGGGUUGCCAUCGUUAUUAGUACAUUUCCAACAGGUCAACGAUUUAAAAACACCCACUAAGAAGAAACAAACUUUGCCCGUUUUCAUUGAAUCGCUAGAUACUAUACAGAAGGCACUAUUUAGUAAAGAUUUAAUUGUAAAAGUAUUUGCGUGUCCUACGCCACAACAACGAAUUAUGGAAGAAAUAUCAAAGUGUACAGGAAUCGCAAUAAAUAAUUCCAUGUUAGAUAGAUUGACACUAGAUCAAGCAGGAGUCGAUAUUAAAAGAGCUAAUGAGCUCUGUGUGACACUUGAGAAAACUUUUAAUAUACCAGUUUCUGUAGAAACGCUACUUUGCAUGAAGAUUGGACAAUUAAAGGAUCUUGACAACAGGCGGUUCAGCGUUUAUAAAGACAGUGAUGGUUUCGGCGCACUUUAUACUUUGAUAGAUAAUGAUGAACUUACAUCGACUUCAGAAAUAGUGAUGAUGCAUACGCUUCCCCACUCCACAGAUAGGCGUCCGGAUGAGUUAGAAAGAGGCUUAAGCUACCUAUGCAUAGUACCAGGACUAGAAGGACAUUAUAGACGUUUUGAGACUCUGUGCGAACGACUCAAGGUGCCAGCUAUUGUAUUACCUCCAGGCACAGAUAAACCAAAAGAUUCAAUACCAGACAUCGCACGGCGGCUUGUUAAUGUUAUAAUGAAAAAGUUAAAACCUAAGGAAUAUUACUAUUUAUUGGGCUAUGAAUUUGGUGCCAUGAUUGUUUUAGAAAUGGCUCGUAUUCUAGAGGAACUUGGUUUUGUUGGUACAAUCUAUCUACUGGGCGGUACUCCAGACGAUAUACGUGAUUCUAUUAAGAUGCAAUUGGCCAGUUUAGGCGAUAAAUGGGAAGAUGCACUGGCAUUACAUAUGUAUUAUCUACUAACUGGUACUACAUCAUCACAUCUUGAACAACAACUUGAGAAGACUGAAACUUGGGAACAAACGAAGACAAUUUGGCUAAAAGAAUUACGCCAAAAAGUAACACUAUCGACGCAGUAUAUGCUGAACCAAAUAGACACUGCCCAUUCGAGGAUAAAACUGCUGUUCCAAUAUAAGACUAAAACAACAACGGCAUUACGGUCAAAAAUAGUAAUUUUAAAAGCCAACAUGCCAAAUCUGCUACGUACAGAAAACUUCGAACGCCUUUCAGAACAAGAGGUUUCUAUUAACAAUUUAGAUGCAACGUUGACUUACGCAACAGAAGAUUUAAGAUGUUCAACGAUCAUCAACAAAUAUUUGGAACCAGAUGUUAUAGAAGUAUUUGAUAAUAAUAAUCAAUGUGAAACAGCUCUUCUAUCUGGAAAUAUGUAUCAGUAUAUUGGUAUCGAUAGUUAAAUUGAGUACUAAACUACUUUUAA